UUCUUGACAGCAGAUGUCAUCAGAAGAAGAGAAGGGGUGACUCGCAUUGUGUUGUUUCUGCACAGAAGUUGGCCCCCGUAUCAUCGUAGCGAUAAACCCUUCAAAACGGUCAGCAAACUACCCCCCUCCGUAUCAAGUAUUUCGCCAACACGGAGCCAUGGCUUCGGAACUGGACCAGUGGAUAGAGAUCGCAAAGCAGUGCAAAUAUCUGCCGGAAAAUGAUCUCAAAAAGCUGUGCGAUAUCGUAUGCGAGCUACUGAUGGAGGAAUCAAACGUGCAGCCCGUCAGCACACCCGUCACCGUUUGCGGCGAUAUUCAUGGACAGUUCUACGAUCUAGAGGAAUUGUUCCGCACCGGUGGCCAUGUACCAGACACGAAUUACAUCUUUAUGGGAGAUUUCGUUGACCGAGGAUAUUACAGUCUGGAAACGUUUACGCGUUUGCUUACGUUGAAGGCACGGUAUCCGAACAAAAUUACGCUGCUACGAGGGAACCACGAAUCACGCCAAAUCACCAAAGUGUACGGUUUUUAUGAUGAAUGUUACACGAAGUAUGGUAACGCUAGUCCGUGGAAAUAUUGUUGUAGAGUGUUUGAUCUUCUUACAAUAGCGGCGAUAAUUGAUAAUGAAGUGCUCUGCGUUCAUGGUGGCCUUAGCCCAGAGAUCAAAACGCUCGAUCAGAUUCGAACCAUUAACCGCGAUCAGGAGAUACCGCACAAGGGCGCGUUCUGUGAUCUGGUUUGGUCCGAUCCGGACGACAUAGACACCUGGGCGGAAAGUCCACGUGGUGCUGGCUGGCUGUUUGGGUCGCUUGUGACGAGUGAUUUCGUUGAAAUCAAUAACCUGAGCCAAAUUUGCCGGGCACAUCAGCUGGUUCACGAGGGCAUCAAUUACCAAUUCAAUCGCACACUGGUGACGGUAUGGUCGGCACCAAACUACUGCUACCGCUGCGGUAACGUUGCCUCAAUACUAGACUUUACGGAUAUCAGCGACCCGCAGGUGAAAAUAUUUAAAGCCGUCCCGAACGAAGAGCGCGUCAUACCAAGCCAGCGCAUUACGCCUUAUUUCUUGUAAAUACGGGAUGAUAUCCUGCUGCCCCCGGAACCUUCGGUGAACAUUUUUUUUUCUAUGAAACCGAAGCUUCACGCAUUACUCUUCAGUUAUUAACGUAUUUUGCACAAUAAAAAUAUCAAACUUCCUAGAAGCGAAACGACAGUGACAUUUAACACGUAAAA